GCGCCCCCAAAUCGGCCUCUUUUCCCUUCUCUCCACUCCCUACCCUCCGCCGCAACGCCUCUUUCUCUCUCGCUUCUCUAAUUUUUCGACUUUUAUGGUGUUUUUUGUGCAAUUGAUGAUGGAGUUGAAGAGAUCCAUGGGUUUUUGAUGCGGUUGGUGUUGUUGAUCGGAGAGGUUAGGGUUUUUUUUUUGUUGGAUUUGAAGGUUUGGAAGGGGAAUGGAUGCUGUGGAGUUGCCUUUGCCUGCGAAUGUUGCGGUGAAGCUCUUGGCCCCCGAUGGAUUUGGUAGGGUUGGGAAGCCUGACAACGGACCUGAUUCUUCUGGUUUUGGUGGCCGGAAGGCGUCUGAUUAUGGAUCUUAUCAUAAAGAAGUAAAAUGUCCGGUUGCAAAUUCAGAGUAUAAUUCAGUUUCCAGCAAAAAAGUAGCUGAUGAGGAACUCUUCAUGCGCAACAAGCUUCCAAGUGUCAAAUGUGAAGAGAAUGUUAACAAAAGACAUCACCUUGGGGAGGCAGAUAUGUUCAAUUCUUUGCUGCUUAAACAUGAGAGUCAACCAUUGAAUAGGAAAUCUGCAAAGAAUCUCAGCAUUUUGCCUUGUCCGAAGAGGCCAAGAACAGAUCUACCAGAACAUUCCUUGAAAGCAUGUGGUUCUGAUGCUUCUCAUGAGAUCACUAGGAAUGCUGGGAUUGAUAUCAUAAGUUGCAAUUCUUCUGAGAGAUCACGGACAAUCAAGCAAAAACGGUGUCAGGAUAGUAAGAAAACUGAGAAAAGGAGUUUUAGAGCAGGUGGGAGAUUGAAAUAUGAGACUGGUUUAGCCGGCUCUGACUCAACUUGUGUAGUCAGCAAUAUUUUUGGUAUGAAAAACUGAAUUUGUGCCUCAUUUGGUGUUCUUUUUAAUAAUUUUCUUUAUAUAUCUUCUUGUAUGAUUAUUGUACUGUAUAAUUUUUGUCGAUAUUAAUUAAUGCCUGAAACUUGCGGCCAUGUAGUUCAUAUUCAUGAAUAUGUGUUUCCUACUGUCAUUUUUAUUUAAGAGAAGCAAUAAUGCAUAUAUACCUGCUAUUUUGUUUAGUUUAUUCCAUUAACUAUGAACUUGGAUAUGAUCUUAAAUUUUUUAAUUUCAUAUAACUAUAUAUGCCAUAGUGGUAAGGGUUUACUGUAAAUCAUUAGUGUUAUCUCUUUGAGGAAGUAGCCACUUUCUCAGGUUGGAAUGUGGAUGUUACUCUAGAUUUUGUUGGAUUGCUGAAGUAUUUCAUAUUCCACUCUAGUGGUCAGGUGGUAUUUCGAUGUAUUCACCUUGGCUAUAUCCUGAGGUGAUUAGUAAUGUGUAUUUCAUUUAGCAGGGCUAAAUUUUUAAAGGAAUAUUUAAAAUUUCAAGGAGAGUGCUUCUGUCGAUUAGCAGGUACAUGUAAAGUUGACAAUUGAUAAGGAACAUCUAUGCAUAUCUCCAUGUUUUUCCAGGGAUUUGUUUGUUUUCUUGCUAUUCAUUGUUCGGAUACUAACUACUUUGAAUACAAGAUGUAAUGUUGAUGUUUUAAAUUUUGUUGUUUUAAUGGAAAGAUGCACGUUGCAGCAUGAUUGGUUUGACACUAGCAAUGCUGCCAGAUGACCUUUGUUUCAAACUUUUUUUUUUCUAUCGUGUGGGGUUGAAUUAUUUUCUUUGAAUUUGAUCUCUAAUCUUUAUAUUGGAGGGAUGCCCUACAUGAGUGUGUGGUAGAAAUUAAAGAUGUUAUUAAAAGAGAAAUCAAGGAAUUGCAAAUGAUCAUUUUUCUAAAAAUUAAAGCGUUUUCUUAGUGACUUUAAUAAGCAAAUAUAUUAUAUACAAUUGGCUUUUGGCUUCUAUUUUGGUUAUAUUUUUGCCCCAGAUGAACUAAUACAGUAAUAGGAGGUAGCUGUGAUUAAAGAAUGUAGAUUUGUAUGUCUAACAAUUACAGUGUACCUUUACUAGCCUCAAGGUUGAGGGGCUGCUCUGAAACACAAACUCUGACUUGCUUAUAACUAAGUUGUUUGUUGUUACUAUUUGUGCAUCUCGACACAGCAUGUUUCCUUUUGUACCCAAUUAGCUUCGAUUGGCUUAGGUUUUACCUGAUUGGAUGUGGCUUGAGUGAAUUAAUCUAGUUUUGACUUUACAUUGGCCUGCUGGCCUAACAAUGUCUGGAUAAAAAGGAUUAUAUGAAUGGUCCAUAACACCAACUACCUAGUAUCUGUGCACUGAUUACACAGUAAUGGUUAACUUUUUUGCUGGUUUUUCUGUGGGACAGUAACAUCAGUGUUAUCAUUAGAAACUUAUUGAAUUUAAGUACUUGGCCUAAGGCUACUGUAAAUUAUUAUUGCACACAAAUAAAUAAUGCAGUAUAUGGUUAUGUAAGCAUGUAUCACCGUUAGAAUUAAGUUAUAAAUAUUAUUUGUUGGCAAGGUACUGUUGGUUUAAUUGAAUAUUGGAAGUUUCUUCAUGUAUCGUGUAACUUGUUCUCCUUGCUGUGGUGUCAGCCUUGAUAUGUGCUUAGAUCAAACAUAAUUUGUAAGGUAGCCAAGCACAUAUAUAUUAUACCAGCUAAAUGUUCAAAUGUUCAAAUAAGACUAUUAUUUAU